AUGGCUGAUGGUGCUGCUGGCAUUACCAGUGCCAUGUGUGAGUUACCACAAGCAUGCCGACUUAUGUGUUGGGCACACGUAAUCCGUAAGAGUCGUGAACAUCGAAAAUUGGUAUUAGAUAAAGAAAAAUGGUUAGCUAUUGAAAAAGAUAUCGUCAAUUUACAAUUAGUUUUUAAUGAUCAUUUAUUUGGUAGCGCAGCUAGAUUGAUGAUAAUGAAAUGGACUGCUGACAAAGACCUUGACGCAUUUAGAAAAUAUUUUGAAGACCAGUGGUUAUUAUCAUUACCGUUUUGGUAUGAAGGUAGUGCAAAUCUUAGUCCAUCUACUAAUAAUGGUCUUGAAUCGUUGAAUGGUAAAAUCAAACAAAUGUACACAUUAUGUAACAAAUUUUCAUUGUCAUCGUUCUUACAAACAGCUGAACGUAUGUUAUAUGACUGGUCAUUAGCUAGCGCGAAUACACCAUUUGCUAUUCAAAUUGAAUUUACUAAUGAUUUGGCAACUAGGGCAUAUCAAUGGUUACAAAAACUUGAUCGAACAAAAGUAUUACAUUUAGGUGCAGCUAGUUAUGUUGUACCUUCUUCUGAACCAAAAAUGGGUACAUCAUUAUGGGUACAAUAUUAUCAUAGCAUUUUAACUCCACCAUUAUUUUGCUCAUGUAAAUAUGGCCUUAAAGAAUACUCUUGCGUUCAUUCAUUGGGCUUAAUAAUGAUGUGGGAUCAUCGUAAAGUUCCACAGGCACUUGGGAUAAGAAGGGGAAAAGAUCGUCCAAAGAAAGUUAAAUUAGCUUUAACAAAAGACUGA